AUGCCAUUAUCAGUACACACGCGGUACGAAAUUGUGUUUUUAUCUAAUCAUCCAAAGGGUCCACAACAAAGCCAUGUGGACGUGACAAAAGUAGUUCACUAUAACAUCUCAACAGUGAGAUAUUGGCUCAACCGAUGGACACAAUCCAAAGAUUUAACUGAUUCAACCCGUUCCGGUCGACCACGUGCAACUACUGAGAAACAGGAACAACGAAUUAUUUCACUCGCUAAAGAACAGCCAUUCAUCACCGCUCAAUAUAUUACAAACCAGUUGGAGCGGCGAGGAGUGGUAGUUAGUGAGAGAACGAUAUGCCGACGUUUGAACGAAGCAGGUGCUAGAUACAGUCGGCUAAUGUCAAAGCCAUUGCUUAUAGAAUACCAUCGACAAAAUCGUUUAAGAUGGGCACAACAUCAUAAAGCAACUGACUGGAAUCAGGUGAUAUUUUCUGAUGAGACUGCUGUCCGCCUGAAUUCCGUGAAAGGAUUGGUUUGGAACUUUCCAAGAAAUAAAAAAGUCGUUCGUACUGUCAAGCAUCUAAUCAAGGUGAAUUUUUGGGGUUGUUUCUUAAGUAAAGGUUUCGGUCGCAUCAUUUGUUUUCGGGAAAAACCUCGACGCUAA